CUGGUGCUGGAGUUGGUAAACAGCUUUGACCUCGUGGCGCAAGUCAGACCCAGAAGAAGCAAACGGGAAAAGGUUUGCAGAGCAUUCUGCAUAUCGUGGCGGUGUGAAACAAGCCCAUUAUGGCGACCGACAUGAUCCUACUGAUGAGAGGGCUUGCCAAGCUCAGCAAGGCUGUCCUAGAGACCCAGGCUGGUAACCUGCGCCACAUCGCUGGCAGUGGAGAGGCACUCGCCAUGACAAGGACCAUGCAGGGCAGAGCAGAGGAGGGCCUGAGCAUGGCAAUGCAGACAAUGCAGGAAUUUGGCAAUCAACAAGAGAAUGCUUCAGAUGUCGGGGAAGAGCUCAACUCCAAGUAUGACUUCUCUGGUGCUGAAGAAAGGGUUGGGAAAACAGAUUUUGCAAGCAGCAGUGCCAGAACUGAUGAGGCUUGCAGAGACAGUGGUAUCCCUUCUGUGGGAGCUGAACCCAGAGAGCCGAGGACGUACAGGCAUGUUUCUGGGAAAACCAACGGCAAGCUUUUUGAGGACUUUCGGAACUUGGGUGGAAAGAUUUCAGGACAGACUCGCUCAUUCCACCAGGACCACUCAUCUGUUGGUGGGCUAACAGCAGAGGACAUUGAAAAGGCCAGGGAGUCUAAAAGCAAUAACCCCAAACCUCACAAACAGAUGCUAAGUGAGAGGGCAAGGGAGCGCAAGGUGCCAGUUACUCGAAUUGGAAGACUAGCAAACUUUGGAGGUCUGGCUGUUGGUCUUGGAAUAGGGGCUUUGGCAGAGGUGGCGAAGAAAACUUUGAGACCUGAGGAACGCAGUGGGCAUAAGAAGGCAGUUUUGGACUCCAGUCCUUUCCUAUCUGAAGCAAAUGUAGAGCGGAUUGUCAGAACCCUGUGCAAAGUCCGUGGUGCUGCUCUGAAACUGGGGCAAAUGCUCAGCAUUCAAGAUGAUGCUUUUAUCAAUCCCCAGCUGGCGAAGAUCUUUGAACGUGUUCGGCAGAGUGCAGAUUUCAUGCCAACCAAGCAGAUGAUGAAAGCUUUGAAUAAUGACCUUGGUCCCAACUGGAGAGACAACGUGGAGUACUUUGAAGAGAGGCCAUUUGCAGCUGCAUCUAUAGGUCAGGUUCACCUGGCAAAGCUUAAAGAUGGGAGAGAGGUUGCUAUGAAGAUUCAGUAUCCUGGAGUGGCUCAAAGCAUCAGUAGUGAUGUAAAUAAUCUAAUGACAGUUCUUAGCAUGAGUAAUGCAUUGCCUGAAGGUCUGUUCCCUGAGCACUUGAUUGAGGUUAUGAGCCGCGAGCUAGCCCUUGAGUGUGAUUACGAAAGGGAGGCUGAAUGUGCCAGGAAGUUCAAGGAGUUGAUGACGGAUCACCCUUUCUUCUAUGUGCCGGCAGUCAUCGAUGAGAUGAGCAGUCGGCACAUCCUCACCACAGAAUUGGUACCCGGGUUCCCACUGGACAAGGCUGAGGAUCUCAGUCAGGAUCUCAAGAAUGAGAUCUGUGAAAACAUCCUGAUACUUUGUUUGCGGGAGCUGUUUGAGUUCAGGUUCAUGCAGACUGAUCCUAACUGGUCUAACUUCUUCUAUGAUCCUCAGACACACAGGGUUGCCCUACUAGACUUUGGAGCUACAAGAGGAUUUGAUUUGGACUUUACUGAUGACUACAUAGAGGUCAUCAAGGCAGCAGCUGAUGGGAAUCGAGAAGGAGUGCUGAAACGGUCCAUAGAUAUGAAAUUUCUUACUGGGUAUGAAUCAAAGGUGAUGGAGAAUGCCCACGUCGAUGCUGUGAUGAUCCUGGGGGAGGCUUUUGCAUCAGAGGAGCCAUUCAAUUUCGGCUCCCAAAGCACCACCCAGCGCAUCCACAAUCUGAUCCCUGUGAUGCUGAAGGAGAGGUUGACCCCUCCCCCGGAGGAGACUUACUCCUUGCACCGCAAGAUGGGUGGCUCCUUUCUCAUCUGCUCCAAGCUCAAUGCCCAGCUGUGUUGCAAGCACAUGUUCCAAGAGGCUUACACCAAGUACUGGAGUGGAAGGAAAGACGGACCAAACAAAUGAAGAGGAAACACUGCAGGCAUGUUGUUUUUAAAAGCCCUGCCAGACUUCUCAACUGUCAAUUGAAUGUAUAAUAUUGGAUGUAAUUUAGGAAGUAAUACCAUCAACAACCAAAAUCAUGCAAAUGUUUGUAUGACAAGCCCCAUUAAACACCCCGCCCCCUUUUUUAAGUUUGAAAGCUAUACUUAAUAAAGAAGAAAAAAACUUAAAAUAAACUGAUCCAUAACCAGCGUUAAAUGCAUAUAAGUGUAAUGGUUAUUUAAAGUUUGGUUAAUUGAAUAGAAUGCUAAACCCCUGUAGUAAUACCACAUGGGUUCUUUGUAAUGCUGCAAUGGAUGGGAGGAGAAAAUGAAUAGGCUACAUCCAUAUAUGGAGAAAGACAGUUAAUAAUAGUUUAUUUCCAAUAUAAAAAUGUGUAAAGUGAUCACUGGUUUCUACACAUCCCUGUUGUGGGGGCAUGUUUAGAGGCUGAGCUUAGGCUAGCUGUUUGCAACCCUUCUGUUACAAAUGGGCAAAUCUUUAUCAGAAAGUGAUUCUAGGUUUUUAAAUAUUUUGGUGGUUGGUAAUUUUUUUUUCUACUAGUUUCUGUGCUCUCUAACUUUUUCUCUCUUGUACUGAAACUCUUCAUAGCUCUGCUUUAUCUAGGACUUUCUGUGACUCUGCCUUGCGUGUUUUUCCUGGUAGUGAUUUAUUUGCUGUUUUUCAGCUUUAUAUUAAAUGUAUGUUUCAUUAUCAAGUAACUGAUGGUAUUGAGUUGAUUAAAAUAAUAUUUGUAGGCUGUGUUUUUUUUUUUUAAAGACUAGCUUCUUUAAAGGGAAGGUAAAUAUGAUAGUCUUGAUAUGAUUUGUUUGAUCUUUUUACAGAAGGAUACAAAAAAAAAAAAAAGUUUAUACUUUGAAUACAAUAUGUGCCAAUUAAAAUAACCGUCCUUUUGUGACUGUUAUAUUACUUGAUUUGUUGUCCCUCCCCCACUAACACCAAGGUCCAUAUUGUAUAAUGUGCUUAAAUAAAAUGGAGGCCAAGGUCUA